AUGGCGACUCCCGGUCAGCCAACCCCCCAGCAGCAUGCUGCCAUGCAACACCACCUCACAACUGAAGCUGCAAAGAGAGGAAUGACCCCUGAGGAAUUUAGCAAUAUGCAACGACAACAGCUUGCGGCAGAGGCUGCGAAACAAGGCCUUACGCCGGAGCAAUAUAUAGCCCAACUGAAAGCCAAAGCUUUGCAACAACAUCAGCAGCAGCAGCAGGCCAAGCGUGCACAUGAGCAUGGAGAAAAUCAUCCGCAACAUGUUCCUAUGAACUCGAAUGCACCACCAAACCCCCGUGCCGUCGCAGUGGCAGAUUUUCUCAGGUCACAAAAUUUGAAGCCGAGAACUUGCAUUCUGGAUGGGCGAAGGAGAGAGCUGUUCAAAGUUAAGCGAGCUAUACGAGCUAUUCAAUCGCCUGCAUACGCCAAAGCUCAGUUGAAAGCCAAGUCUCUACUUCCUCCAGUGACAGAUAAGGCUUCGGCCGAAAAUGCCUUCAAACUCCUCCCGCUCUCGCUCCUUGCACUUCGAGUUUCCAAAGUUGAUCCACAUGCCGGCCACAACCAUGCGAAACCAAAAAACCGCGUGAAGGGCCUGUGGACAGUAAAAGUAGAGCAGAACCAGGAGAUAGAUCCGAUGAUGCACUACGUAUGGCUAUAUGAAGGCCCCCAGUGGAAGCAAAAGGCUAUGGCCGCAGGUGUCUUGGUAGUAAUCAUGGCAGUUGUGAUGUUCCCGCUGUGGCCUAUUAUGUUGAGGCAAGGUGUUUGGUACUUGAGUAUUGGUGCCAUGGGCUUGCUAGGCCUAUUUUUCGCCAUGUCGAUUUUCCGGCUCAUCUUAUUCUGUGUUACGUACUUUGCUGUUCCACCGGGCCUUUGGCUGUACCCCAAUUUGUUUGAGGAUGUGGGAUUCUUUGAUAGUUUCAGACCCGUGUGGGGCUGGCAAGAGAGCAAGAAAAGUAAGAAGAAGUCUAAGAAGACCAACACAGGCACAGGCACAGCCGCGUCUUCCGCCUCCAAGUCAGCCAACUCCGUAAAAGCUCCUCCAUCCAACACAGGUGGCUCAUCAACAGGAGUGGCAGCGGGCGAAGCGAUAAAACGAGAUCUUGCACCGCGCGUGGAAGAAGCGGACGAUGAAUAA